UGGGACUGCCCCGCAGACUGCUCCUACGUCUGCAUGUGGCUGAUGGAGCGCAGCCGGCCCUCGGACGCAGGGCCAGUACAAAAAUACUACGGCAAGUGGCCGUUCCGGCGCUGGAUGGGCAUGCAGGAGCCGGCCGCCGUGCUCUUCUCCCUCCUCAACCUGGCCGCCCACGCCCACUGCCUGGCGCGCUUUGUGGCGGCCCGCGGCGGCGGCUACCCCUACCGCUGGCUGUGGGGCGGCUACAUGGCGUUGUCCAUCAACGCCUGGCUCUGGUCUGCGGUCUUUCACAGCCGAGACACCCGCCUGACGGAGCGCCUGGAUUACUUCUCCGCCGCCCUGCUGAUAUUUUUCAACCUGUUCCUGUGCCUGGUGCGCACCGCGCGGCUGCGGUCGGCGGCCGCCAUGCUGGCGGCGGCCGCCCCGCUGGCCGCCUUCCUGGCCUCCCACUUCCGCUUCAUGCUGCUGGUGCUCUUCGACUACGCCUACCACGUCAAGGUGUGCAUCGCCGCGGGCGCGGCGCAGUCGGCGCUGUGGCUGGGGUGGGCCGCCGCCACGGCGCCCGCGGGCCGCCGCCACCUGCUCGCCUUCAUCUUGCUGGUGAACGCCUGCAUGGCGCUGGAGGUACUGGACUUCCCACCCCUCUGGCACGCCCUGGACGCCCACUCACUCUGGCAUGCUGCCACCGCCCCGCUCGUGUACCUCUUUUAUCAGUUCAUCGUCGCUGACGUGGCGCCCGCCACCGCCACCUCGCCCUCGCCCUCGCCUGCCGCCAAAGCCAAACACAACUUACAGCGAGCCGCUGCGUUUAUCAAUCAUGGCAGGUAA